AUGACGCUCCGCUAUGGGCCCUUUGCGACCUUCCUUAUCGUCUGCCCAACAAGCUUCUUCCUCGGCAUAAUCUUCUCCCUCUUCCCCUACGACUACCCAAUCCUCUGGUCCACAACCCCAAGCACCUCCGCACACUAUGACCUCCUGGAAGCGCACCUGCGCCUAAUCCACGCCUCGCCCCCGCUCAUCCCCCGAAUCCUGCACAUCGUCAUCUUCCUCGGCCUCGCGGGCCUCAUCAUGAAACUCUGGCGGCCCUCCGAAUCAAACAUGCUCUUCGACGGUGCGAGCCUCGUCCUCUACGCGUGCGGGAUCACCAUCUACGUUGCGAAUAUCGUCAAGGGCCUGCGGCUCGCAAGCAAUGGGGUCUAUGGGGCGGAGCUGGCCGCGACGCCCGAGGAGGCGCAGCAGAUCUUGGGGAGGGAGGAUAGUCUGAAAGUUCUCUCUGCGAGUAAUACGAUCUUGGCGUUGGUUUUGGUUGGUGUGUUGGUUUUGCAGGCGGGGCAGUGGUAUGCUGAGCGGAAGGAUGCGCAGGAGGAUGAGUCGUUUGCGGCAAAGGGGGAGGGUAGUGCGAAAAGCAAGAGCUCGAACAAGAAGAAGAGCAGUUAG